AUGUCCUCCACAAAAAAACCCCUAACAACCUCCAUCACCACCACCGAAGCCGAACAAAUCGCCUCCCUGCACCUCAUAGCAGACAGCAUCGCCCAACAACGCCAACUCGCCGCCCGCUCCAUGCUCACCCACCCAGCCAUGCUCACAUGCCUGACCUUCUCCCUCAUCAUAACCUACUUCUUCACUCGCGCACUCAGCACCACCACCACCGGAGGAGACAAUACCUGGCCCUUCCUGCUACUAAUCACCUGGCCCGCCUGCAUCAUGGUGUAUCUCCUCGCCGCGGCGCACACGACACACCCAUACCUAGAGAAAGCAGGCCGUACGGGGACCUGGGUGUGGUUAUGGAGGGGAGGGACGAGGUAUAAGCAUCGGCGGAGAGAGCAAUCACCUUCACCAUCUCGAUCAUCGCCUUCUAGAUCUAAAGUGGGAGAUGAUGCCCGCGUGCAGAAAGAUCACCACAACGCAGAAAAACACGAAGACGAGAAGGAAGAAGGAGAUAUUAUGCUCGUAAUGAAAUACCAAGACCGGGUGAUCGGCACGCUCGUCCUGCGGAUCAUACACACUGAGGAAGAACUCUGGGGCCAUGUGCGGGAUGCGGUGGUACGGGAACAGCUCUACCAGAACCGGCAGCAAUGUGCUCCUUCAACUUCAGGAACAGGGUCCUGUCAGCCAGUCGUCGGCGUCAUUCGAGCAUGGACUGUGCAGCAACAUCUUCGGGGGAUCGGGGUGGGGAGGAAUUUAUUGCAGAAUGCGGUUCGGAUUUGUCGGGAACGGGGGGUGAAAGGGCCUGUGUUUUCGGAUUGUCAUGCGAAUGAGGUGCUCGGGUUGCCGGUUGUGUGUAAUGGGGAGUUGGUGAGGAGGGAGAGGUGGGCGAGGGAGGUGUUGGAGAGGGUGAAGAGGGAGGUUGAUGGUGCAGUGUAG